CUUGUGUGCUAUGUAUUAGACCAGGUCCUGGUCAAUCGUGUUCCGCUGGUUGCGAACUUGUCAGUUUGGCACGAAAGAGAACUCUUUGGACUUGGUGCAGUUAAAUGUAUCCCAAGUGACUGUUCCGAUUCGCUGUGUUCGAAAGUGUUAGUUUGGUUAGAUAUGAAGAUAAGCAUUUCCCAGAAGGUCCGUAUGUGGUUAGGCAUGGGUGUAAAGGGAAAAAUUAUGUUUAUCAGAACUUGCGGUGAUUUUAGAUGUGGUGACACAAUAUCUUCCGAAAGUUGUUGCUUUCAUCAACAAGUAUAAGAAAUUGCAUGCAAACUUUUUUUAGACAUAAACCUUUCACCGAAGAGCACCAACACUCCCAAUAGCCCUGAGCUGUGAUCAUUGUGAUGCGACAACGUUCAUAACCAAAUCUCAAACAGAGAAGUAGAUUUUUGUAGUUAGUAGCUCACAUAAUUCUUCUCAUUACUUGCCUAUCACAGGGUACCAAGUUGUACAUGUUGAAAAUCAACCUUUCUCUCAUUAUUUAUGAUGUCUUGCAUGUUAUACAACAAAUUUACUCAUUUUCGUUCUAUUAUUAAUGUGCUUUACAGAAGCAACAUGAACAGUACAGUCGAGCAAAAAGACGACAGAGUCACUACAACGUCUACGAAUAUGUCCACAGUGUACAAUCUAGUGGAAUACAUGUUAAAAAACUCAACCAAAGGAUUACCCAGAGUCGGAGGCGACUUAUAUCAUCUACGCCUGGCAAUUAUGAUUAUUCUUCGGAAAUACAAAAUGAGUCAGCUCGACAACGAAUUCAACUUUGCUGUCGCAUUAGAAGUGACGGCAGCAGGAAAAUUUGACGACAUAGUGUUAUUUUACUCAUCGCCACGACAGGUCACCGGCACUUGGUACAUACAAGCGAAAUACAAACAGAACAUGGGUUCUAAAAUCGAAGAACAAGGUCUAUGUGCCGCAUGCGAUUCUGAGUUCUCGAUCCCCAUGUACUUUGUGUCAUUUCUCGAGAUUGAUCAGAAUCUCCCAAAGGAUGCGCGUUAUAUCCUGUGUAGUACUGCUGGACUCCAUGAGAAGAUGGAACAAUAUUUUAAGGUCAUCAUCAAACAACAGGAUGAUUCUUUACAGUGCAAUGCGGUCAACACACAGCAGAGUGAUCUUAAGGAGUUUUGCAAAGAUAUAGAAGCAACAUGUUACCAGUUAGAUUGGGAUAAACCCUUUCCAGCGCUGCUCGAGGCUGUAAAAGAUUCAUGUCUCUCUGCUUUAGGAAGGAAACUUGCACUCUUCGUCUGUUCUGGAGAGGUAAUUACAUUAAACGACACAUUCUUUAGCACAUUUCUCAACUUAAUUUACAAAUGUAUAGCACCAUCAGAGCUAGAAACAAGCGAUCCGUCUGUGAGCAUUUACAAAUUAACAAAAGGCUUUUCCGAUGAAGCUAACAUCACCUCACCAAUAACGCCGAACAGAAACUUAAACAAAGAAACAACAGGAGUAGAUAAACCAACGCCAAUAGAAAAGAUUCAAACAGCUUUUAAAACAGAGCGCAAAAAGCUACUCGAAAGGAAAUUCAAGAAACACAAAACAAAUGAGCUGAACAUUAAGUUCGAUAAGGCUUCGUUCAAGUCUGCCCAAGACACACAAGAUCAUGAGGAGUUUGCUAAGUUUGAUCAAAGAUUAUGCGAGUUCUAUAGCAAAUUUUUGCUUAUGUCCAACUCCUGCAAUGAAGAAAAACUACGCGAAAAAGCGAUUGCUCUAUUGCCAUCGUGGUGUGUUGAGCGAGAAACAGUAUUUGACAAGCUGCAGGGAAAAGUGUUGGAUGCAAUGAAGCCUGAACGACGUGUUCCCAUGGACCUUGCAUUUUGGCAAAAAAUAUUUGUUAAUGUAAAUCUGAAGCAAAACAUAACUGACGUGAUAUGGUAUUCAAAAGAGUACCUUAAGUCAGUGCGUGAAAAACAUCCUCAUAUUGAAGUAAAUCCGGAACGCUUAAAAGAGUUUAAGUUGUAUGAAGUUCUCAAGGAGUCUGGUCCUGGAAUUUACGAGUUUAACAGCACGCUUGAAUUGACAGUUUACUCUCGCAUUAUAUUUCAAGCGCUAUCACAAUUAAAAUAUGAAACAAUAUUUGUUGAUAGUGCAAAGUAUACAAAACAGCAAGAUAUGAAUGAUGUUCUCAAAGAUUUGCUAUCAUACCUUAGAGAUGUAAAUCAUCCUACAAUCAAAGUCAUAACGAUACUAGGGAAACCCGAAUAUGUAGCCAUUAAUGAGCUAAAAGAAUUAUCAGAUAAAUAUCGUCAAAAGAUCGUUGUUGUAGAACACAUUUCAGGAAGUCCGCAGGAUGGCGAAAUUUCAGAAAGGAUUUAUGUGAAGGAUCUCUCAAAUGAAGCUUUGCAACAAUUGUAUUUGCAAAAUGAACGAAUGAUGUUUGGUACUACUACGCCACUGAUUGGAAUUGUGGAAGAAAAUGACGAUUUGAGCUUUUUAUUAAAUGUGUUGGAGUCUUGCGAACCAAAUGAGGAGUUAAUAUACCAACAUUUAAAUAAGAAUAAUUAUGAAAAAAUUAAAUAUUGGUACGUUCACCGUCAUUAUAUGCCUUACAAGGAGGAUAACAAGCUAAAUGAGAAUGAUCUAGAAUUUCAUAGUGCGUUGGAAGUAAAGCGUGUUCUAGCCACUAGCAAUGAAGAACCCGAUCUACCUGGUUUCCAAGAUGGCGACAGUGGGAAGGUCUUUAUCUUCCUCAAUGAUGCAGGAUUUGGUAAAACAACCUACUUUACCUGGUUAGCCUGGCGUUUGUCAAGAUACGAUCAAUCCCUAUACGUAAUAAAGUUUAUCGCACUGAAAUUUUCGACCGAUUUCCAACGAUUGAGCAAUGUAGAAAACCUUGAUGAAACAGAAAUUGUGAGGCUAUUGUAUCGAUACAUCCAUUUGGCGCUGUUCGUAUCGAGUAUCAACAAACAUACGAUCAAAGAGACUGAUGGCUUUAGAGAAGAGGCCGAUCGUUGUGCAAAUCUUCUGACUGUUUCAGACGGCGAAAUAGUAUUGGAUGAAACGAAGACUAAAAGGCUAUCCACGAUCGAAUUAUUUGAAUUGCGGUUGUUUAAGGAGAAGUUUAACAAACGAAAGCUCGUGUUAAUUCUAGACGGUUUCGAUGAAAUCGCGCCAUACUUUAAGGAUGUGGUAAUGAAGUGUUUCGGACGAUUCUCACGUCUUGAUGGAGUGCGUUUGCUAUACCUCUCAAGUCGACCGUAUGGAUUUGAACAAGAAUUGAAAAACACCUUUCCUCAAUGUCAAAUAUAUCGGCUAAAACCAUUUUCAAGGAUAAAUAUAAUAACUUCACUUCACAAAUUUCUUGUGAAUAAUUUAGAUGGUUACGAGCGCUACAAAGAGAUCCAUCGAAACAGCAUUCUUAUGAUGUUAUCUCGGAUUAUCAAACAUGUUUUAAAAGAUAUCAUAAGAAUUCCAUUGUUGUUGUACAUGGUGCUGGUUAUCUUAUUACCCGAGAUUAAGAGUUGUGUAAAUGAAAAUACACAUAACAUAUCGCAACAAAUGUUAAAUAACAACCAAAUUGACAUACUUUAUCUGGUUGAAGAGUUUGUAGACAGAAAGUUUAAAAUUGCGAAUACAGAUAAAAUAGGCACGACCGAUUUUGCUGCUUCGACAGCUGCAGCCAUAACAAAAGAAGUUCGAUUAAAAAAAGAAAUAAUGAAACAGCACAUGCUGUUGGCCAUGUACGUUAUAUUUGAUGCAAAAGAUAGAGAAAAACUGUUGUCCAAGGUGGAACAGAAAAGUGCAAAAAAGAUAAUGAAGAAAGUGAACCAAGGCGCAGAAAAAACGGGAAUCGUUCUUGGAGUACAAGGUGGAGUGCCUCAAUUUCUGCAUCGAAUUUUUGCAGAAUAUUUCUCUGCCUGCUGGUUGUUCGAAAACUGGAAACGUUUUAAGAAUGAGAGCAUUUUUCACUCUCAAAUGAUUUUGUCGCGUUAUUUAAGCAAAACACGCGAAUUUUUAGACCGAUUGAUACUUAGGGGAAGCAAUGGUUGUGAUUUACAUUUGGCGCUAGUGAAUGGAUCCUAUAGUCAGGUUGAAGAAAUACUACGAAAUAACCCUACUACUGUUACCGUAAAAGAUAGAGUUGGCCGCUUACCAUUGCAUUUGGUAGAAUACAUAAAUCCAUGGCCCGAUAAUAUAAAACCAGUGAUAUUAUUAUUAAAAUCAAUAUCAAGGAAGAUGUCACCGGAACUUAUUCAUGUAAACGAUGAACUUUUUGGAUGGAAUGCUAUAGAUUACGCAUUUUUUCAUAACGAUAGUGAUUUAAUAGAAAUGCUCUUCAAAAGUGGUUUAGAACCUAAUAUGGACAAUUUGAUCCAACAGGUACGGUCUAAUGAUUUUUAUACAUUACUUUGGAUGGCAUGUAAGUAUACGAACUAUUUGGUUGAUUGUAUGGAUCAAAAGGACUUAGCAGACGAACUAAGCGAACGUGUGGCAAAGUAUCUUGUUGAAGAGAACAAAAUAGAUAUAUAUGCCCCACUUGCUCAAUUACAUUCUUCAUCGGUGCUGGACAUAGUUAUAACUGUAGGAAGUAUUUUUAUGUUUCGUCAGUUAAUUGAAAAAUCAGGUCCACAGAAGUUGGGUUUGGGCGGUCGUGCCAAGCGAUUGUUUCUGAUCUCCUUGAAGAAAGAAAGAUAUGAUUUUACUAACUAUCUUAUUGAACGUAAUCCCUCUUUCGUGUCCAUGAUUAAAAACAACCAAUGCUUAUAUUUAUGUGCUAAAAAAGCAAUUGAAAGCAAUCAAAAGAAAUUGUUCAAAACAAUCUUUAUACAGGUCUGCAGUUACAAUCGGAUUAAAUGUGUUAAAAAAGACAUUAUUAUCGAUAGGUUUGACGAUCGAAUGGAAAAUGAAACAAUUAAUUUUGAAAUUCCAUUUGAACAAUAUUGCUGUAGCAAAGAUUUUUACUACUGUGAGGAUGCUGUAGUAACAAACAUAUUUUCAGCUGCUAUACAUUACGGCAACAUACCAAUGAUUAGAUACAUACUGCAGAAGACGAAUAUGGAUGUUACGGUCGAAAUGAUUGGAAAUGUUAUGGAAUGGAUAAGAAAUAAUUAUUUUGGAAAUCAUAAAAAUAAUGUACCUGUAUAUCGAUAUAUAUUAAAGAAGGUUUACGAUCAUUACGGUGAUGAUCAAGAAGGAUUGAAUUUGUUUCUUAUGACCAUUAAACAUGGUUGCGUAUACAUGUUACCGAGUUUGGUUGCCAUUGGCUUUAAUCCAAAAAAGAUUUGUAUGAGGAAUCAUUGGGAUAUUUUUCAAUAUCGUUUAGAUAUGUCGACCGAAAUGUGUUCGGCCAAUGUUUUUGUGUACCUGCAACAAAGAUCGUAUUUGGAUUGUUUCGAUGCCUUUGGUCCAGAAGAUGAAAGUAUUUUUGAAUUCGCAAUUAAAGAAAGCCUUUUCACUGUAGCACAAGCGUUAAUUGAAGACAAAUUCCGCAAUGAAUCAGAAAAAGAAAAAGCAAUUAGGGAGUUACUAAACCUAUAUUUACUUAAAUAUAGAGAAGAGGUUAUUUGUGAUUUUAUAAAAAGUCUCCUGAAUAAAAGUUCAAUUGGAGGUAAAAUGGAAAAUGAUACGUGGCAUUCAGUCUAUUACUCCAUCCGCGGAAAGUUACCGAAAAUACAUAAUAUGGUUAAAGAAUUCGACAUAAAUCAAACAAUCAAAAAGGAACAUGUUAUAUCAUUCAUAAAAAAAUCGGUACCACUCGGUACGCAAUCCAGUGUGUAUGGCGAGUUGUAUAAUAGGUAUUUGGCCAUAUCGAUUAUUCUUCGACAAUUCAAAAAGAAGAACCAGUUUAUUGUCGGCACAGAAGUGCCAGAAGCAGGACAAUUCGACGACAUUUUAUACCACCACCAAUCGCCAAACGGCACCAGCAUUUUGUGGAUACAAGCGAAGCAUGUUGACGGGAUGUUCAUAAAGGUAAAGGAUCUAUGCGCUGCCAAUGGUAUGUACUCGGUUCCCACGUAUUUUUCAUCAUUUCUUGAGAUUGUUCCGGAACUAACCAAAGGUGAAUCUGAGUCCCAUAAAGAUGAACACAAAACUCAAUAUGCCAUUUGUACCAACGCUGAACUCGAUGAGAACGUCAAACUUUAUGCCACGAAAAUCGAGCCACAGGAAGAUGAUGCUUUACAGUUUUGUGACGAUAUACGAGCAACAUGUUAUCAGUUGCGCCGUAACAUACCUGAUCUGACGGAAUGCUUAAAAAAAUCAUGUAAAAAUGUGUUUAAAAAUGAUUCAGAUUUUGAUGAGAAAAAGGACCAGUUCUUUAGUAAAUUUCUGCUUAUAUGUAACUCCUACAAUCACAAACAACUACGUAUAAAAGUGCGGAACCUAUUGCCCGAGUGGUGCGAUGAAGCUCAACGUGAAUUAGUUAUUGAUAAUUUGGUGGGUUUACUGAAUAAUAUCGUGUACAACAAGCCUCGUUACUACAUAACCCUCGAACGUAUACAAAAAUGGUUUUUGGACAAAGAUUUCAACCAAAACAUCAGUGUUUUGAAGCGUCUUUCAGAAGAGCACCUUAAGUCAGUGCUGGAAAAACAUAUUGAAGUAAAUCCGGAACGCUUAAAAGAGUUUAAGUUGUAUGAAGUUCUGAAGGAGUCUGGUCCUGGAAUUUACGAGUUUAACAGCACGCUUGAAUUGACAGUUUACUCUCGCAUUUUAUUUCAAGCACUAUCACUAUUAAAAUAUGAAACAAUAUUUGUUAAGAGUGAAAAGUAUACAAAACAGCAAGAUAUGAAUGAUGUUCUCGAAGAUUUGCUAUCAUACCUUAGAGAUGUAAAUCAUCCUACAAUCAAAAUCAUAACGAUACUAGGGAAACCCGAUUAUGUAGCCAUUAAUGAGCUAAAAGAAUUAUCAGACAAAUAUCGUCAAAAGAUCGUUGUUGUAGAACACAUUUCAGGAAGUCCGCAGAAUGACGAAAUUUCAGAAAGGAUUCAUGUGAAGGAUCUCUCAAAUGAAGCUUUGCAACAAUUGUAUUUGCAAAAUGAACGAAUGAUGUUUGGUACUACUACGCCACUGAUUGGAAUUGUGGAAGAAAAUGACGAUUUGAGCUUGUUGUUAGUUGCAUUGGAUCUAUGUGAUCAAUUGAAGUGGAUAAAGGAAUAUAAUUUAAAUGAGCAUAAUUAUGAAAAAAUCAAACACUGGUACGUUCAUCGCUAUGUUGUACCAUUUGAGCUGGAGGAAAAGAAGGACAAUUUCAUUGGUAGCUAUGAUAUAAGUGUGUAUGAUGUACCAAGUGUUCUGAUUUCGACAGAAGAAUUAUGCUAUCCACCUGGUGUCCAAGAUGACAAAAGUAGGAAAGUAUUUAUCUUUCUCAACGAUGCGGGACAUGGUAAAACAGCCUACUUUACCUGGUUAGCCUGGCGUUUGGCAAGUUACGAUCAAUCCCUGUACGUGAUAAAGUUUAUCGCAAUGGAAUUUUCGACCGAUUUCCAACGAUUGAGCAAUGUAGAAAACCUUGACGAAACAGAAAUUGUGAGGCUAUUGUAUCGAUACAUCCAUUUGGCGCUGUUCGUAUCGAGUAUCAACAAACAUACGAUCAAAGAGACUGAUGGCUUUAGAGAAGAGGCCGAUCGUUGUGCAAAUCUUCUGACUGUUUCAGACGGCGAAAUAGUAUUGGAUGAAACGAAGACUAAAAGGCUAUCCACGAUAGAACUAUUUGAAUUGCGGUUGUUUAAGGAGAAGUUUAAUGAACAUAAACUCGUGUUAAUUCUAGACGGUUUUGAUGAAAUCGCGCCAUACUCCAAGGAUGUGGUAAUGAAGUGUUUCGGACGAUUCUCACGUCUUGAUGGAGUACGAUUGCUAUACCUCUCAAGUCGACCGUAUGGAUUUGAAGAGGAUUUACGGAAAACAUUUGCCGAUUGUCAAAUGUAUCGGAUACAACAGUUUUCAAAUAAAAAUAUAAAAACUGCACUUUACAAGUUUCUUGUGAGUAAUUUAGAUGGUUAUGAGUACUACGAAGAAGAACAUCGAAUUGAUAUAUUAAGAUGUCUGUAUUACAAUUGUUUAUGUCAAUUAAAAGACAUAAUUACUAUUUCACAGUUACUGUCCAUGGUAUUAGAUUUCCUAUUACCCGUCAUCAAGAAGUGUGUAAAUGAAAAUACACAUAACUUAUCGCGGCAAAUGUUAAAUAACCACCAAAUUGACAUACUUUAUCUGGUUGAAGAGUUUGUAGACAGAAAGAUGAAAAUUUUAAAUACAAAUAAAAUAGGCACGACCGAUUUUGCUGCUUCGACAGCUGCAGCCAUAACAAAAGAAGUUCGAUUAAAAAAAGAAAUAAUGAAACAGCACAUGCUGUUGGCCAUGUACGUUAUAUUUGAUGCAAAAGAAAGAGAAACACUGUUGUCGAAGGGGGAAAUGAAACGUGCAAAAAAUAUAAUUAAGAAAGUGAACAAGGGCGAAGAAAAAACGGGAAUCGUUCUUGGAAUACAAGGUGGAGUGCCUCAAUUUCUGCAUCGAAUUUUUGCAGAAUAUUUCUCUGCCUGCUGGUUGUUCGAAAACUGGAAACGUUUUAAGAAUGAGAGCAUUUUUCACUCUAAAGCGAUUUGGUCGGAUUCAUUAAGAAAAACGCGCGAAUUUUUAGAUCGACUUAUUCUUAAAGAAAGCAAAGGUUGCGAUUUACACAUGGCGCUGGUGAACGGAUCUAAUGAACAGAUUGAAGAAAUACUGCGGAAUAAUCCUUCUGCUGUUAUCGUAAAAGAUAGAGUUGGCCGUUUACCAUUACAUUUGGUGGAAUAUACAGAUAAUUUUACUGAUGCCAUAAUAGAUAAAAUGUCUCAUGAAGAUUGUGAUCAUAAUUUAAGUGAUCAUCUCUAUGGAUGGAAUGCUUUAGAUUAUGCAUUUGUCCUUAAUAAAGCAAAGUUGAUAAAAAUACUCCUAAAAAAGGGUAUUAAAGUUAAUAUGGACAGGUUGUUUCAGCACGUAUGUUCCAAUAAUAUAUCUAAAUUACUGAUUCUGGAAGAUGAGUAUGUGCGCAUGUUUGAUGAAUGUUUAAAUCGAACUGACUUGGCAGAUGAAUUAAGCGAACGUGUGGCAAGGUAUCUAAUUGAAGAGAACGAAAUAGAUAUUUACUCUCCAAGUGAAGAAUUGAAUGCAUUAUCGGUGUUGCAAAAAGUUGUAACUAUAGGAAAUGUUUCUUUGUUUCAUCAGUUAUUAAAAAAUCCUGAAGAUCGUGCUCGUGCUAUUCAAAUGCUCGAGUUGUCUGUGACGAAGGGAACACACAAAAUUACAAAUUAUCUUCUCGAACACCAUUCCUCUUUCAUUGAAACGACGGAAAACAGUAAAUUAUUGUACCAUUAUGCUAUAAAAGCAAUUAAAUGCAACGAUUAUAACUCGUUUACAAAAAUCUUCGACAAGUUCGUUAAGCGGGGCGAAAAAAGAAUUGUAUGUGAAGAUGAAAGCGAACCUAUUAAAUGUCAGAUUCCUUUUGAAGACAAAUGCUGUGACGGAAAUGAUUACGACUUUGAACAUUUUGACGGACAAGAAUUUUGUGAAGAAAAAUUAUUGUCUCUUGCGCUACACUUUGGAAACGUACAAAUGACUAGCUACAUUAUUCAGCAGACAAAUACAAACAUAACGGUUCGAUUUGUUAGCAAGCUGGUGCUAGAAAUAACACGAUAUAAAAAUCAUAAAACAUGUACACGUGCAUUCAAUUAUCUAUUCAACAACACUUUUGACCUGUAUGGUCUCGAUUACGAAGGGUUGAAUUUGUUUCUGAUGAUCAUUAAACAUGGUUGCGUGUACAUGUUACCGAGUUUGGUUGCCAUUGGCUUUAAUCCAAAAAAGAUUUGUAUGAGCAAUCAUUGGGAUAUUUUUCAAUAUCGUUUACUUAAUUCAACCGAAAUGUGUUCGGCCAAUGUUUUUGUGUAUCUUCAACAACGAUCGUAUUUGGAUUGUUUCGAUGCCUUUGGUCCAGAAGAUGAAAGUAUUUUUGAAUUCGCAAUUAAACAAAGCCUUUUCAUUGUAGCACAAGCGUUAAUUGAAGACAAAUUCCGCAAUGCAUCAGAAAAAGAAAAAGCAAUUAUGGAGUUACUACACCUACAAUUACAUAAAUACGGAAAAGAGGUUAUUUGUGAUUUUAUAAAAAAUUCACUUGAUGAAAGUUCAAUUGGAGGUAAAAUGGAAAAUGUUAUUUGGAAUUCAGUCUAUUCCUCUAUCUUUAAUAACUUUCCGAGAGUCUGAUCUACAAUUUUGAUGGGAUUUUUUUAUUCCAAUCGUAUCAUGGAUUUAUUAGGAUAAAUAGUUGAAAAGUUACAUGUUUCUGUAAAUUGAGCGUGUUCGCAAGCGUCAUACAAAUAAAGUAGAAGACAAAACAAACAUAAGGUUAUGGUGUGGCUCGCAAAGUAAUAAGUUGUAGGGGAAUCGAUUAGAAGAGAAGAAUUCAUUCAGGUCAGUAGAAGUUCAGGUGAAAAUAAUCAGUUUCUACAUUACAAUUAUAUUUUAUCGCUUAACAACCACGAUGAA